UCUCUUUGGUGCUCUGCGGGGCAUGAGGCGCAGCCAGCGGCCACCCUGCGGUCGAAUAUGGCUACUUCUAGGGCACACACAAACGCGAAUCACGUAACCUGUACAACAAUGUUCAAGUGGUUUUAUUAACUGAUCGUCUUUACACGGUAGAGUGGAAGCCGUGCACUGAAGGUCAAAGCCACUGUUAACGUUAACUGCCGACAUAACGUCAGCGUACUAGCCAUUGCAAGUACAAAGGGAACAUUUGACAUGCAAGUUGUCAUAGUUCACUUAAUCCAGCUAACAAGCAAUCUUGGCUGCUUUGUAGACAUUCGUGUCAACAGAAGACGACAAAAGUCGUUUCAGCGUUCACCCAUCAGGCAAGCAAAAUACACCAUACGUACCAAAAUGGUCAUUACUGUUAAGGCAUUUCAUUUCCAUGGAACUAAAUACUUUUCGGAAUUUAUAUAUCGCACAAACCUACCCAACCCCAAGAAAGCAAGCAUCCAGCUAAAGUUCAAUUCUGAACAUGCCGCUCCCCUCCCCUCUGAUUGGUUAAGAGCAGACGAUGGGCUGGGGAGGCAAGGACUUCUGCUAAUCACAUGACCGGAACGAGUUGGACUGCGCCAAAAUUCAAAUCACCGCAACAAAGUGAACAGAAAUGGAAAGAAAUAUGAUCAAGAUUAUUAUUUUUUAUUAAAGUUGGAAAUUGAUACUAAAAUAUGAGGGAUUGACAAUCGGCUGGACACUCUUCCAAUAUGAAGUCUAUAAGCCAAGUGCACAGCCCCUUCGACUGACGUUUGACCAGGAUGAGACAAAGCCCCAGGAGGCCCCUAAUUCUCAAGAGGAGGAAGCUUCCUUUUCCCAAAAAUGAGCCGGAACGCCCCCACAAUGGCGCCCAGUGCAAGACCGCACCAGCGGCUCCGGGCGACCAGGGGCUCCCGGACACCCUUCGCUUCGUGGACCACCCGUCCAUGCCCGACACUCAGGUGGUGGUUAUCCCCAAGACCGCAGACCUCCAGACCGUCAUCGACACCCUCUCCGCCCAGGGCAAGGAAUGCGGCCCCAAGGGGCCCCACAAAUUCAUCCUGCUCAGCGGGGGAAGCGGAGCCUCAGGGGACUGGCCCAGCUCCCUGUGCUGGUCCUCUCCGGGAGAGGAAGGUGCCGGAAGGGCAUCCGGAAUCCCGCCGACUCUCAACCCAAAGCCAGUGAGCGGGGACGGAGAGGCCUGCCCUGCGGACCCAAAGCCCCUGGCCACCGCCACACCCCGGAACAGGGAUCGGGACUGCAGCCCGCUGAAUGACAGUCUGACCAACAUCCAGUGGCUGGGCGGGAUGUGCUCGGACGGGCUGGGAUCAGAUGCCGGGAGGAGAGCUUCCAAUAAGGAAAACCAGGAACCCUGUGCCCAGAGACUGCAGCUCUCCCAGCAUCUGGACGGGGCACAGAGGCCUCCUUACUCCUACAUGGCCAUGAUCCAGUUCGCCGUCAACAGCAAGCCGGACAGGAGGAUGACCCUGAAGGAGAUCUACACGUGGAUCGAGGACCACUUCCCUUAUUUCAGAGACGUGGCCAAACCCGGGUGGAAGAACUCCAUUCGCCAUAACCUGUCCCUGCACGACAUGUUCACCCGGGAGACCUCUCCGGAUGGAAAGAUCUCGUUCUGGACCAUCCGGCCUGAGGCCAACCGCUGCCUCACCCUGGACCAGGUGUACAAGCCGACGGUGGAUCCAUGUACCCCCCCUCCCACACAGGUCUGUGAGCAACAACAACUAAAGCCAGCUGUUCCACAGAUCAAGAAAGCGACCGCUUCAUUCAGCUCAGAGAGGAAGAUGAAGCCUCUUCUUCCCCGUGCCGACUCCUACCUCGUCCCCAUACAACUCUCCCUCAACCCCUCCAUCUUCCUGCCCUCGCCACAGCUCCCCCUAGCUGCUCCCCAGCAGAACUGCAUCUCUUUCGCUGCUGACUUCCAGGGAGGAGGAGGCAAAAGGGUGCGAAUCGCCCCCAAGUGUGCUCCACCCCCUGUUGAGGAAUUUAAGGGGGCCCCCCUGGGCGUCUCCCUGCCCCGCGUGGCCCCAGCGGCCCCGCCCUGCCACGCCCUGGGAGGCUCCAGCGCCUCCCGCCGCAAACAGCGCCUGGCCCCGCCCUCCAGGGAGGAGCCCGUCCUGCUCUUUCCCGACAGCACCUUCUUCGACUCGGGCCUGACCUCCGACCUGACCUCCGACCUCUCCGCCUCCCGGGACACGGGGCUGGAAAGCCCGGGGAGGGCGUACGCCUUCAAGACGCCAGUCAAAGGCAGCCGCCCCGUCUCCUCCACCCCCAGCAAGCCCCCCGUCUCCCUGACGACGACGCCGAGCCCUGGGGGCGCUCAGGGCCACGGCGCGCUGGACUUCAGCCCCAUCCGCAGCCCCCUGGGGCUCCCCCUCACCCCCCAGCACCCGAACGCCGCCCCCUGCAGGGAGCAGGCCCUGUUCAGCUCCCCGCGGGAGCUCCUCACCUGCCCCGCGCGGCCCUCCCCAGGCUCCGGGGAGCCCCAGGCGGGGGGCGCCGCCGUCCUCGCAGAGGGCCUGGUCCUGGACACCAUCAACGACAGCCUCAGCAAGAUCCUGGUGGACAUCAGCUUCUCGGGCCUGGAGGACGAGGAGCUGGACGUCUGCAACAUCAGCUGGUCGCACCUCAUCCCCGAACUGAAGUGACCGGGCCUCUCCCGCGCCGGGCUCAGCACCGAGCGGCCACUUUCUGCACUCGCUCUGCACUUACACACCCAAUAUGCAUGUCUUUGUUACGGUUAUUACACGUCGGUGUGAAAUCUGUCCACAUUUUUGUCUUUUCUCCAUUUUAACUUUUCGUAACUAACUGUAAACCUUCUCAUUUGCCUUUUAAUGUCCACAUAAUGUGUGUGUGUGUGCAUGUGUGAGUGGUUUCAGACCACCUGGCAUGUUUGAUAUUGCGGGGGUCGACUGCACUGCAAUCCACCCGAAGGAAGUAGAAACAAGCACAAAAUAAGCUAGUCUUUUCUUUUUCACCGAAAUAUAAAAAUAAUAUUUUAAUUUGCACAUUCUAUAUAUUCUGUUUGUAUCGUUUCAAAUAUAAACCCGGAAAAACAUUCUUAUCUCUUAGUAAUACACUAGCCUACUAAAGGAUUUGAAUUUGCCACCUUUUUUUGUUAGAAGUCAUAUGCCUGAUGUUUAUAAGAUUUCUUGAACGAUUUUUUGCAUGAUAUGUUAUCAUAAUACCAGAAAAAAGGGAUCAAUAAACCGACUCAAAACUCC